AUGAAACUGGUCAGUUUGUUCGUUUUCCUAAUGGCCGUACUUGCCAUGUUCGUGGGCGAUGCUGGUGCAAACCCUAAAGUCAACGUCGGCGCUAUAAAAAAGGGAGGCAGAGUCAUUAAAAAAGGUCUAGGCAUAGUGGGCGCAGCCGGGACCGCUCACGAAGUCUACGAAUCAGUCAAGAACAGGAGAAACCAGGGUUGA